AUGAUGAGCAAGUACGGUAGACCAUUCAGAGACGACAUCGAAUUCUACGGAGCUUGCACUUUUCUUCAUGACUGCGGAGAGCUCGUGCGAUUCGAGGAUGCCACACUUCGCGAUUUGAUCUUCGUGGAUCCUCUCUGGCUCGCCGAGUUCCUAACCUCCAUUGUGAUCCUUAGAAGCCCCAAUCUACCAGCCGGACUCUUAUCAACAGACGCCAUUAACCCACUAACCCGAUCUUUCAAAACUGGAGCCCUCGCCAUGCUCAAAACCCAACUUCUGGAUCUUCUUCACAAGUUCGAAUUGGCUCUGGCUACACAACCCCGGCAACUUCUGAUCCCGAGUCUUCUCCCAGACGAAUACAGACUCCGUUCAGACUUCUUGACGUCUGCAGUGAAAAUUCGAAUGAAAAUGACGCAGUGGAACGUUCGGUGUCCAAGUCCGGCGGGGUCUCCGGCGAAGUCACCAUUGCGAAGGACAUCACCAACUCAGGCUAACGAUGCAGAAGACGUCAUGCUUCAUUUCACCUACGACGAUGAUCAGUUGCUUCGAAGGAUCUAUGCAUUGGCUUAUAUUCCAUCAGGAUUCUGGAGUCGUCUAGUGACGCGGAUCAUGGGAGACAAGAAUGUAUGUGCUGCCAUUGAGAGUAUCUUCAUGACCACUAGUGCCGAUAGAGCAAAGAUAGCGGACAUCGCGACGAAGCACGCUAAAGCAGAAUGGGUUGUAUGGCAGACAGGGAUUGAGUUGCACGUCAAAGGACACUCUCUGUUCACUUUGAAACAGUUUUUGCCGCUAGCGGAGAUCCGCGACAUCGACUACAGUAACCUAGACAUGCGAGCAAAGGAUGAGCAAAAGCGGUGGCGAACUUGGAAUCAACCGGCACAUCGUCCGAUUUUUGAGAUGGUCGUCAACUCGCUGAGCAUCUCGACCGCAUCUCAACACGGUCGUAAGCUAUCAAUGAAAACCGACGUAGAGGGUAGAAGCCGUUUAUUGGCGCUGAUAUCAGAUUUAUUGGACACGUUACUCGAGGACUGGUAUCCUGCUCUGGGAACUCGCUUUGUGCAUAGUUCGGAAGGCGACCUACUGGUAUCCAGAUACGUUUUAUGUCCACAGUGUGUGAGAGACACAGAGAGAAGUGCUUCAAGAAGCCACGUGUCAUCGGCAGCAUCUCAUAGGCGGUCUCAGGAUGAUGGAGAGAUUCCAGGGAAUAGCACGUCUCAUAUGAAAGGUUCUCGAACGACAGGAGACAUCUCGAAAUGCCGUCCCGGCGUUGUCCAUUGCUUUGUAAUCGAAGAAUGUAUGCUGGCUGGCCGCGAAUACAAUUGGGUUGAAUGCCCAUCUCAUGGAGGUCUUCAUAUGAGAGAACUCGCACCGGAUACCGUAUUCGCUGACAUUGAAAACGCUCUAACCAUCCACGUGGAUCAGCUGAAACGAAGUCGAAUGCUAGGAAGAGGAGCGUUCGGAUUCGUGUUCCGUGCUACAGUAAGACAACCAAAUGGAGAACUCUGCGAGGUUGCUCAGAAAAUGCUGGAGCCAGUGGAUCCGGGACCAGGAGGACGGCCAUCAGCACUAGCUGCUUAUAAAGCGGCCGCUGAUAAAUGGAAGAGGGAUAGUAUGGAAUUUGCAUGUCGAGCAUACUGUACCUCGAGACAAGAGCUCAGUUUGUUGAGCCGGAUGAAACACCCAAAUGUGAUAGGAUUAGUAGGAGUCUGCACCUUCCCAUUGUCUUUGGUAGUGGAGCUGGCACCCCUUGGAGCUUUGAACCAACUUCUUGGAUCUCAUAGAAAAGCUGGAACCAAACUAUCGCUAGGUGUAAUCAAGGAGUCAGCUGUGCAAGUGGCUCGAGCCCUGGAAUACCUUCAUUCAGCUCAUAUUAUAUACAGAGAUCUCAAGUCGGAAAAUGUGCUCGGUUGGAGAUUCCCAGCACCAUUCAGCCCUCAAAAUGAUGUUUUGUUGAAGCUAGGAGACUAUGGAAUCUCAAGAAGUGUUCUUCCAUCCGGUGGAGCUAAGGGAUUCGGAGGAACAGAAGGAUUCAUGGCUCCAGAGAUUGUCAGAUUCAAUGGAGAGGAAGAGUAUACACAGAAGGUUGAUUGCUUCUCGUUUGGAAUGUUUCUUUACGAAUUGCUGACUCUUAAGUUCCCAUUCGAGGGAGAGGAACAUGUCAAAGAGAGAAUGCUAGAUGGAGCCCGCCCGGUGCUUCUUCCCCAUGAGCUCUUGCUCCCCACCCCGAUGUUAGACCUUCUGGUACACUGCUGGUCGGCUCAUCCCGAAUCCCGCCCGUCGUCUUCUCAACUAGUCGGAUUCUGUGCUGCUCCAGAAUUCACGCAUCUUCUAGACGUUUGUGAACUUGGAGAAGCGCUCCCGCCAAGUCAACUAAUGGCAGUUCCGAUAACUGAUGAGAUAGAUGAUCCGGAUGAUUUUGAAGCGCAGUUAUGGCUCAGCGGAAGAGAAAUGGUUGUCAUGGGAUGCACACAAUAUGGAUUCGUCGACCAGAAAUCGAUUGAAUUGCCACAUCGAUCGAAAUAUGUCAGCAAAAUUCGUGAUUCUGUGUGGUCUUGCGACGAGUGUGGACAAGUUACGGUUUAUGGAAUAUCUCUACACGAAACUGGCCAUCUACAGCUACCUUCUCUCAAUGGGACACUGAUUCGCGCUCCCGAACUUAUUAGCAACGAUGUGCUGGUGCUAAUUUCUGAGAAACAAAUCGUGCUACUGAGACUAUCCGAAACGAAUUCGGUAUCUCAUCUCGGAACCUUCGACUCUCCUUAUGAAAUCCACACAUCCACAUUCCUCGACAACGGAUCAACACGGCAAAUCUGGACAGGCCACUCAGAAGGACGCAUUUCCAUUCACCACUUGGCCUCCAAUGACACCUUCAGCUUCUCGUCAAGUCUCUAUCUCCCCGACGACAAGUCGGUAGUUAGACAGCUAGUAGGCUCAAAAGAUGCUCAAAAAGUGUGGAUUUCCUUAGAAAAGAGCUCAAAAAUCCAAAUGGUGGAGGUAGAAAAACGACAAGUCACCGGCUCGCUAGAUAUACGAAAAGUGAUGCCUGGAAGUGAAACAAUUCAUACAAUCGACAUGGAAAUGGCUAGUCAGAACCAUGUAACAUAUCUAGGGCUUCUAGAAAGAAACAAUGGAGAUCAAUUGUAUAUUGGAACGUCGAAAGGGUUGCUGGUGAUUGCUCAUGCCGCGACACUCCAACCGUUGUCUGCAUGCCGUCCGUUUGAAGGAGACAUUACAUCAAUAUGUAUUCUAGAAGAACCUUCUAGAGAAGAAGAAAGUAUACGUGGCAAAGCGACGACGUUGAGUACGGCGUCGUCGGAAAGCGGGUUGGGAUGGGUGCGCGAGAGAGUUAGUGAAACUGUUGAUCGUUUCCGCUCGAGCUCAGCCACGGUCGAAACCCAAGGAGCCGCGCUUCUUGUGUGCGUUGGCCGCCAAUUUCGAAGUCUGUCCCAUCGCUUCGUCUCUGAACAAAAACUCGCCGACGUCUACUCCAUCGCAGUAUGGCGUACGGAAGAAUGGGCACUGUGA